AUGGCAUCAACAUUCACUGCAACGUCUUCGAUUGGCUCCAUGGUUGCUCCAAAUGGUCACAAAUCGGAUAAGAUCAAGUUAUCUUCAAGCUCAUUCGGAAAGAGGCAAAUUGUGUGCCCCAGACCCAGGAGAUCCACUUCUGGAAUUGUUUGUGCUGCCAAAGAAUUGCAUUUCAACAAAGACGGCACUACCAUUAGGAAACUUCAAGCUGGUGUCAACAAGCUUGCAGACCUAGUUGGUGUUACACUUGGACCUAAAGGACGAAAUGUUGUUCUUGAGAGCAAGUAUGGUUCACCAAGAAUUGUUAAUGAUGGUGUGACUGUUGCAAGAGAGGUUGAGUUGGAAGAUCCGGUUGAGAAUAUUGGUGCUAAGCUUGUUAGGCAAGCAGCUGCCAAGACCAAUGACCUGGCAGGUGACGGAACUACAACAUCUGUGGUUCUUGCACAAGGCUUUAUCGCUGAGGGUGUCAAGGUGGUGGCUGCUGGAGCAAACCCUGUAUUGAUCACUAGAGGUAUUGAGAAGACAGCUAAGGCUUUGGUUGCCGAGCUCAAGAAAAUGUCUAAGGAGGUUGAAGACAGCGAGCUUGCAGAUGUGGCAGCUGUUAGUGCGGGUAACAAUGAAGAAAUUGGAAGUAUGAUUGCCGAAGCAAUGAGCAGAGUGGGCAGGAAGGGUGUGGUGACCCUUGAGGAGGGUAAAAGUGCCGAGAACGCCCUCUACGUAGUAGAAGGAAUGCAAUUUGAUCGUGGUUAUAUCUCCCCUUACUUUGUCACAGACAGUGAGAAAAUGUCGGUUGAGUUCGACAACUGCAAGUUGCUUCUUGUUGACAAGAAAAUUACCAAUGCAAGAGAUCUUGUUGGUGUUCUGGAGGAUGCGAUUAGAGGAGGAUACCCAAUUUUAAUCAUUGCGGAAGACAUUGAGCAGGAGGCUUUGGCGACUCUUGUUGUUAACAAGCUUAGAGGCACCUUGAAAAUUGCAGCUCUCAGAGCUCCAGGAUUUGGAGAGCGCAAGAGCCAGUACCUUGACGAUAUUGCCAUUCUAACUGGAGCAACUGUGAUUCGAGAGGAAGUUGGUCUUUCACUUGAAAAAGCUGGAAAAGAGGACGCAGUGCAAAAGCGUGUUACACAGAUUAAGAAUCUUAUCGAGCAAGCGGAGCAAGAUUAUGAGAAGGAAAAACUGAAUGAGAGAAUUGCAAAGCUCUCUGGUGGAGUUGCUGUGAUUCAGGUUGGAGCACAAACUGAGACAGAACUCAAAGAGAAGAAGCUGAGAGUUGAAGAUGCUCUUAAUGCUACCAAGGCUGCUGUGGAGGAAGGUAUUGUCGUUGGCGGUGGUUGCACUCUACUUCGGCUUGCGUCUAAGGUUCAUGCCAUUAAAGCCACCCUUGAAAAUGAUGAAGAGAAGGUUGGAGCAGAUAUCGUGAAAAGGGCAUUGAGUUACCCUCUGAAACUGAUUGCCAAGAAUGCUGGAGUCAAUGGAAGCGUAGUAAGCGAGAAGGUGCUUUCUAACGAUAACGUGAAAUUCGGUUACAAUGCUGCAACCGGCAAGUACGAAGACUUAAUGGCUGCAGGAAUCAUCGAUCCAACAAAGGUUGUGAGAUGUUGCUUGGAACACGCAGCUUCGGUUGCAAAGACAUUCUUGAUGUCAGACUGUGUUGUUGUUGAGAUCAAGGAGCCUGAGCCAGUUCCCGCAGGCAACCCAAUGGACAACUCAGGAUAUGGAUACUGA